AUGUCAUGGCGAAGUUCUUAUAGGAGACUUUUAAUCUGUUGAACGUGUGAUCGUUGGGAAGGUUGUGGUAAUUGUUGUCAAUGUAAAAAAAAAAAAAAAAAAAAAAUUAACAACACUAUUAUUCUAGAGUGGUAUUCAGUACAAGCUGUGAUAAACUUUAUAUUGUGUUUCAUAUUCUUUUAAUGACGAUAGCGAUAAUACUAAAGAAAUUACAUUUGCUUCAGUUAUCGAAGUAAUUUUUCUUAAAUCAUCAUGCGCACAAUUGAAUAUGGGACAACAACACAUGUCCCGGCAUUUUUGACAAAACUAUGGAAAUUAGUGACUGAUGUUUCAUGUGAUGAGUUGAUAUCAUGGAGCUUAAAUGGAACAAGCUUUAUCAUUUAUGAUGAAAUACGUUUCUCAAAGGAGUUGUUGCCCAUGUAUUUCAAGCAUAAUAAUAUGGCAAGCUUUGUUCGUCAGCUUAAUAUGUAUGGUUUCAGGAAGCUGAGUUGCAUUGAUCAAGGUGGAAUGCAUUGCUUCAAAAAUGAAAUUGAAUUUUACCAUCAGUAUUUUAUUAAAGGUCAAGAACCAUUGUUAGAGCUUAUAAAAAGGAAGAUCCCAAACAGCAAAUCAGAAGAGCCCAAGGUCAAACAAGAAUAUAUAGAUGAAUUAAUUUCAAACAUAAAAUCUCUGCGAGGAAAGCAAGAUAGUGCUGAACAAGGCAUGCGUGUUCUGAAAAAGGAAAACCGAUUAUUAUGGAGACAUGUUAAUUUGUUAACUGAUAGAUAUGCUAAACAACAAGCAGUAUUACAACAGCUUCUUCCAUUUUUUAUGAACGUGGUUCGAUCAAGCCGAUCGAGUAAUGAAAUUGCCUUGAAAAGGAAGGCUCCUUUGAUGAUUGAUGAUGGUGAUAUAGAAACGAAAAUUCCACGUAUGUCCCCACCUUAUUAUGUGGAACAUAAUGAGAAAGAUACAUGUUCAGCUAUGCCUUCAUCACCAGGUAAUGUUUCAAAUAGAGGACCUGUUAUUCAUGAUGUAACAGAUGUGGAAAGUAGCAAGAUGUUUCCUGCCAACGUAUUACGCUCUCCAAAUUCUACCACGACUAAAGAAUGUGAGGCGAUUGUUGAUAGUCCUUUAUCUUGUAGCUUAGAAAGUCCAGAACAGACCAUCGACAGUCCAUAUACUGAUCCUGGCUCUAUGGAGACACUUAAUAUUUUAAACCAUAACUUUGAGAGCCAUAGCAACUCAAUCAGUCCUCACAUGGAAAUGAAACAUUCACCAAUAAAUAUUGCCAACCCACCUCUGCAACUUCAAUCACAUGCAUGUGUAAUGCCUACCAUUACAAGUCCAAUGUCCACUUAUACUGCAAUGCCUAAUGGUAUUUCAGGUGCUCCAGUAAUAGAUGAAACCACAUCAGAUGUGCCAAUUUCUGAAGGCUUAAUGAGAAGCCAUUUUAUCAAAAUUGAAGACUCUUGUGACAGCGGUAUAUAUACAAUGGACUCUGUAAUGAAUAAUAGAGUAUCGUCAAUGAUGAAUGAAAGUACAUCUCCAUUAAUGAAUGAAAAUACAUCUUCCAUAAUGAGCGAAGCAGCUUCAUCAAUGAUGAAUAGUGGUGCAUCCUCUUUGAUGAAUGGUGGUGCAUCCUCAGUGAUGAACGGCAUAACAUCUUCAGUGAUGAAUGGUACAUCUGCAAUGAUGAAUGAAGCUCCAUCUUCAAUGGUGAGUGAAACUGCAUCUUCGAUGAUGAAUGAAGCUGCAUCUUCAAUGAUUAAAGAAGCCACAUCUUCAAUGAUAAAAGAAGCUACAACUUCAAUGAUGAAUGAAGUUGCAUCUACCUUGAUGAAUGGAGCCUCCUCUUCAUUGAUAAAUGAAAAGCCAUCAACAAUAACAAAUGACAGAAUGGUUUCGGCUAUGAAUGAAGGGCCAUCCACUAGCAGUGGGAACAAGUUCUUGCCUAAUACUUUUGCUGUAAAUACUAAGAAUGCAGGAUCAGAUAUGAAUUGGUUAUUGAAUCAAGAAACCUAUGGUAGUGAUCCUAGUAUUGAAAGUUGGCUUGGGCAAAUAUUCAAAUCUGACAAUCUUGUUGCUGGAUGCAGCUUACCUCAGGAGCAUGUUGAACGUGGUUUUAAAGAUAUUAACCACAUGCAAAUGCAAUGCAAUUAUCUCCGAAACAAGAUCUUGUUAUGAAGAAUCUAAAUUAAUCACCUUGAUGGACCUCCUUUGACUGAGGAACAGUUCUUUAAUCACUUGUACAUAUAUAUAUAUAUAUAUAUAUAUAUUAUUGGUGUAAAACUUAAAUGUGAUCGAAUAACAUUUUGUAUACCCUAAAUUUUCUUUUUUGUCUUAAAAUAUAAUUAUUAUGCAGAGACUGCAUAAAGUACAAAAGCAAUUGAAAUAAAUUAGAGUACUCAGCUGUCGUUUUUUUUAAUUUCAAAGCGGCACUUUUGCUUGUAUAAUAAAUCAUAUUUAUAUAGUUCACAUCUCUCAAAUGUAAACACAAAAUUAUUUUUUGAAAAUGCAUCAUGUAAAAAAAAAGAAUUCUUACAAUUUGUUAUAUGUACUGAGUGUCACUUUGGUGAUUAAACAAUAAACAUAAUUUCAUUGUUCAGCAAACAUCAUAUCAUGUACAAGGGUCUUAUGCAUGAAUAUGCAUUUGUCAGUUUCAUCUGUAUCAGAUGGUUAUAUAUUUUUGCUCAUAUAACUAGUUGUCAUACAACUAUUUUAUUAAUGAGUAAUAAAAUACAACUAUAAACCUUUCAAAGGUUAAAUGUUAUAUAUAUAUGUAUAUAUAUACAUACAUAUAUAUAAAAUGAUACCCUUAAGUCAUUGUUUUUUGAACUUGUCACAGAGUGCUUUUCAUCCAUUCAUAUCAUUUCAGAUAUUUAACGUAAUCAUAAGUUUUAUGUACUAAUGUACUGAUAACUUUUUGUAUGAUUGCAUAUACUGUUGUAACAUAAGGAAACAAGUGAGUAAUUUAUGCAUAAAAAUAACUUUAUAUACUUUUCAGAAUAUUUUAAAUAUAUAGCAAAGUUAAAAUAUUUUGUUUUCAUAAAUGUUCUACAGGUGUUAUGGUUUUGUGCAUAAAUAAGUGAGGGUAUCUGUAUGAUUCCUACGGUUGAUAUGGAUUUUUAUAAUUUUUCAUUUUUAAGAUGAAGCCUUCAGUUUUUAAAAACAGUAAAGUUUAUUUUUUCAAUAUAUAAUUACACUUAAGUUUAAAAAACUUUGAAGUAUUAUUGAAGGAGUAAAAUAGAACCAGCAAAAUGCUUAUAUGAAAUGAAGAUCAAAAUAGUCUUGUUAAUUAAUAACAUCAAUCUCAAUUGCAGAAACAUUUGCUAAGUACAUUUUACUAAUUUUAUACAAGUACCACCAACAUAUUGUGCCUUGUAUGUUUAAUAUUUUAGAUCACAACUAAAAUCAGGAUAAUUUUGAUAAUUAAAAAACAGUUUUGGUAAUUGAAAAAUAUAUGUGUAAAAAUAUUACAUUUUUGAAUUCUUUUUUCGCUCAGAAUUUAUUUCAUGAUCUGUUUAAAUUUUAAAAUUUUUAAUGCUGAAUUAAAAUAAUUGAACUACAUGAUGCAUUAGCAUAAUCUUUUUUUUAAAGCUAGAAAAAUUGAUUUUAUGUAAUUUGAUAAAAGUUUUACCAAAAAAAAAAAAAAAAAAUUGUAAUGCACAGAAAAAACUUUUUAGGCGAUAUCCUGAUUUCUUUGAAUGGUUGUGUGAAUUUGGAUUUAAAGCAGGGUGUGUUAAUGUGAUAUAUAACCUAUCAAGUGCAUGAAUUUGGGUUUAUAAUAAAUUUUAAUAGCUUUAAUUUACCUCGCUUUCUAUAUAUAAGCCUCAAUGUACCUCUCUUUCUAUAUAUAUCUUUAUUUGAGCUUCACGUAUUCUUGUAAAAGUAAACGAAAAUAAAUCCUACAUCUUUUAAAAUCAGGAUUAAAACCUGAAUGCUUUUGAAUAUGCACAAGCGUAUGCUAAAAAUAGAUAUAUUAAAAUUAUCUUUCCGUUGAACUUAAGCCAGAUUAUCUUUAUACAUAGAUUAAAAAAAAAAUAUGACAAAGCUGAGAGGUUUCAUGUUAAUUGUUGUUUUUUCUAGAAAAUACAUCAUGUAAUGUCAACUGUUAUCAUCCAUUCAUUUGUAAUAUUAAAUAAAUCCCAGUCAGUGAAAUAAUUUCAUUUAUUAACUUUACAUUGUGUUAACUAACAGUGUGGUUUUAGAUGUCCAUACGCUGAAUAUUCUUUACUGCAAUUUAUACAUUAAUUUAUACAUUAACUUUUUGUGCUUUGAAAUAAAAAUUCAGAUAUUUUUUUCACUUUAUUCUGUGUAACAAAAUUUAGUCAAACCUUCAUUUAAUAAUGGGGGAGUUAAAUGUGAGAAUAUCUAUUGUUAUACAGUGCAGUAUUAAUUAAUACCCAUAUACUACUAACAAUUAAGAUUUGCAGGUUAGCGUAAUCUUUGCACUCUGACUUCUUCUGUAUGAAAAGACUUCUAAAUGAUAUUUAAGAAAAAGUAGUAAUACCAAUAUUCUGAGAGAGAACACAAUUUCAAUUAUUAUUUAAACAUUAUUAGAAGUAAAAUUAGGAUUGUAGAUGCUCAUCAUAUACUUUAAUGUUCAUAUGUAAAUAUGAAUCAUUGCAAUAAAAUUAUAAUGCUCAUAGUAAUUGUAUGCAUGUAAAAUAAUUCACUAUAUACAUGCUGGAUUAGCAAUGAAAGGAAUUCAAUUGAUAUAUAGGUAGUAUUAUGUAGAUAUUUUAAAUAUAAGUUUACUGCCAAAAUCAAAAAAUAGAUUAGGGUAAAAUAUUAAGUAUCUCUGUUGUUAAGUGCUGUUUUAGAUAAAUUUUGAGAGAAAUAGUUUUUGUUGUUCAAGACGCUAUGCUUUUAUAUUUGCUGAAAUACAAAUGCAUGGUAUAAAAUAGGAAAACAAUUCUUGAUUACAAUAUUUAAAAAACUGUUUUAAAUUUGUAGUGCAUUUUAAAAUAUGAAAUUACUUUCAGUUAAAGAUAUAAAUGUCAAAAUAUGUUCCUAAUAUUAAAUAUGUAAAUGUAUAAGAUUUAAAAAUUUUCAAAUGUGUAUUUUUAUAUGGGAUGUAAAUGCAAAUAAAAUAUCAUUCUUAGACCUUUCUGACAAAAUAUGUACUUUACAAAAGUCUUACAUAAGCGCUUAAUUUGAUUGAUGAAUUCUAGUUAAAUUUUUAAUUUAAUUAAUUUAUUACAUUGGAAUGACCCUAGGCCCAUGAGCUUUUCAUAUUAUUAUUUUUUUAAAUGAUUUCCCAUUUAACAAACAAAAAUUUGCCAACUGUUAAUCAAAUUAUUAUACAUUCAUAUUUAUUAUAUUUUCCUUCUUAGAACUUUGUUUGGAAAGGUUAGAAUUCAACAUUGAAUCAUUCUUGUACCUAAUUGUACAUGACGAGGAAUAAAAUGUCUUCUAAUGUCUCUGCGACAGCAUAUAAUAUUGUUAAAAAUAUUUUUUUUGUAUCUAUAAAUCUGAAUUUACAUGCACACACAUACAUGCACAUAUAUGUUCACAUAUAUACACACAUAUAUGUGUGUAUAAUACACAGUUUUCUAGAUUACUUUUAAUAUACUUAGUAUUAUUAAACAAAUACCAAUGUAGUGUUUUAUUAUGUGUGUUGUAUAGAGUAGAAAUAAAUGGUUUGGUUUUUGUGAAUGCUUUAGGAUGGUGUUUUAUAAUGAAUAAAAAAUCACAUCAUGAAAUGUAUCAUUUCAUAGAAAAUGUGCCAUGUUUCAUUUGUUUACGUAUUGUAGCUAUGUAUAUUCUUUUUGAACUCUUCUAUGCAGUGCUAUUAAGCAAUCGAAAAAAUGAUCUCCUGUAUCAGGAGAGUUUGUUCAUUUUUUAACAUUGCUGUAUAAUUAUUCAAAAGGUCUAUGUAAUAAAAUGCCUUAAUCUUAUAUAUAUGCAAGUUUUAAUAAUUUACCAUUUCAAUAAAAAUUAUUUCAAUAAUUA